AUGAAGAAGCACGUGGGCGCCUGGUGGCUGGCCAUUGCCUGCGUGCUGCUCUUCAGCCAUCUCUCCCUGGCCAAGGCGCGCGGCGUGAAGCACAGGUUCAAGUGGAACCGGAAGCCUCUGCCCAGCCCUGUCCACGUCACCGAGGCCCGCGUCGCCGAGAACCGCCCGGGGACCUUCAUCAAGCAAGGCCGGAAGCUCGACAUCGACUUCGGAGCCGAGGGCAACCGGUACUACGAAGCCAACUACUGGCAGUUCCCCGACGGCAUCCACUACGAGGGCUGCGCCGACGCCAACGUCACCAAGGAGAUGUUCGUGGCCCGCUGCAUCAACGCCACGCAGGCGGCCAACGAGGCCGAGUUCGCCCGCGAGAAGGACAAGCUCUACCAGCGGGUCCUGUGGCGGCUCAUCAAGGAGCUCUGCUCCGUCAAGCAGUGCGAUUUCUGGCUGGAGCGGGGCGAGGGCUGCCGGGUGGCCGGCCUGAACCAGCUCGCCAUGCUCGGCCUGCUGCUCUGCAUGUGGUUCAUCCUGACCUAA